AUGGAGAAGGAGGACGAGAAGGAGAAGGGGGCAUUCUAUGUCGUGCGAAAAGGGGACGUCGUCGGGAUUUAUAGAAGCUUGGAUGAUCGUCAAGCGCAAAUGUGGGAUCCUCCUGUUAGCGUGUUCAAAGGGCAUCGAUUUCCGAAGGAGACUGAAGAGUACCUUAUUUCUCGUGGACUUAAGGAUGCUAUUUUUACUAUUAGAGCUAAGGAUAUGAAAGAUGGUCUUUUUGGCCUCCUUGUGCAAUGCCCUUUGCAAGUCGAAAAAGUUCCAACAUCUUUAAGAGGUGUAAUAUCUUCUAAAGCUACAUCAGAAAAGAGAUCACAACUGGUGGAAGGAUUAGAAAAUGUGGUAAGGAGACAAUCUAUCGUUAUAGUAAGGAUACAAGAGUAUUAG